AUGGGACAACUUGAGGCUAAGGGGUCGCUGCCGCUGGCACAGCCAUAUCUCACUACCACACAACAUGAGUCUCGGCAUGCCACACGGUCCAGCAAGCGGAUAGUUAUGCUCAGUAUUCUCGCAUGCUCAGUCAUGUGGGUGUUGCUCAGCUCCAUUGGAGGUUCAGCUUGGUUGCCUGCAGUAGAGCAAGACAAGUCCGAGACCGUGACGAGUUGUCAUCAGGUACCAGCUCUCUCACCACAAAAUCCACCUAGCUGGAUGGUGGGAAUGGACAGAUACCUCGAAUCAGAUGUGUUCCGCAAUGGAAGCAUACAAAAGCUCUCUGGUGCAGUACGACUUGCGACUGAGAGCUUUGACGAUCUGGGCAAGCUGGGGGAGGACAAGAGGUGGGACGUCAUGUACGAUUUUGCAGAAUAUCUGAACAAGACAUUCCCAAAUGUCCAUGCUAAGCUUUUCCUCGAAAAGAUCAACACUCAUGGCCUCCUGUAUACAUGGCAAGGUGAAGACGAAGAGCUUAAGCCAACUCUGCUUAUGGCACACCAGGACGUCGUACCUGUCCCUAAGUCGACCGUUGAUGCCUGGACACAUCCGCCAUUUUCUGGUUACUUUGAUGGUAAGUUUAUCUGGGGUCGUGGUGCAUCUGAUUGCAAGAACCAACUUAUUGGUAUUCUCGAGGCUGUUGAAGAACUUCUCAAAUCUGAUUUCAAGCCAAGGCGCACCGUUCUGCUAUCCUUCGGUUUUGACGAAGAGAUCAGUGGUCCACAAGGUGCAGGACACCUGGCACCAUUUAUACUUGAGCGAUAUGGUAAGGAUGGCGUGGCAGCUGUGGUCGAUGAAGGAGCUGGAUUUGCUGGUCCUUGGGGAAUGCGAGUUGCUCUACCCGGGGUCGGAGAGAAGGGCUACACUGAUGUCCACAUUAUCGUCCGAAUGCCUGGAGGUCAUUCUUCGAUACCGCCAGACCACACUGGCAUUGGCGUUAUGAGUGAGCUCAUCAACCUGAUUGAAGCACACCCAUACCAGACUCGCCUCGAUGACGCAAACCCUUACCUAGGUCUUUUGACGUGUGGUGCGGAACACGCUCCAGACUUUCCAUCCAAGCUCAGGAAGCUACUCCACCGAAGACAGAAGAGUAUACACAGCUGUAAAGCCAAGCAGGAUCACCUCGCUAUCGAAGCUGCUAAGCAAGGACCUGGCACCAAGUAUCUCAUGCAGACAUCUGUUGCGGCUGAUCUGAUUGAAGGUGGAGUGAAGGUCAACGCCCUUCCUGAGCGCACAACAGCAAUCAUUAACCACAGGAUCAAUAUUGGAGAGCAUGCUUCUGACAUUCAUACCAAGAUCGCACACCUCGCCAAGAAAGUUGCAGACAAGUAUAAUCUGACCCUACAUGCUUUCGACAACCACACCGAAACACCAAGUAGCAUUACACUAUAUCCUGGAUCUGAAGUACUGGAACCUGCACCGGUCACACCUUCUGAUGCAUCAACUCUGACGCCUUGGUCAGUACUUGCCGGGACAACAAGAGCUUUGUAUGGCGAAGACCUGAUUGUUGCGCCAGGACUGAUGACCGGAAACACUGAUACCAGGUACUAUUGGAACGUGACCAAACACAUUUUCCGCUUCACAGCUGGUUGGGAUGGUGAAUCGAAUGGAUUGGGCAACAUCCAUACCGUGGAUGAACGAAUAUCAGUCAAAUCGCACAUUAACAUGGUUAGGUGGAUGAGCUUGUUCAUAAGAAAUAUGGAUGCAAGCCAUUUGGCCUGA